ACGACUUCAUUUGUUUGUGUAUGAAUAAUAAUUGAUUUUGGCCAAUAAAGUUACUGUUGCUCUCGUGUGAGUGUCUGAAUAUACGAAGGAAAAAAAUGCAAAUUGAAUCCGAAGUGUACAAGUUUAUUAUGAUUUACGAGCUCCAUAUAAAAUUCAUCUAUUAUUCAAUAAAUAAAAUAAAUAAACAUGUGUAAAUUAGUACGAUCAAUAAAAACUCAAUAUUUUCUAAUACAACCAAAAAUGAAGUAAUCGGCAUUCGCGAUCUAAUUUUACAUCUUUUUCGAUAAAAGAUAUGAAUUUCGUUUAAUUAUAUUUGGGCGACAUAAAAAUCAAAUAAUAUUAUAAUUGGAGAAGGUCAUCUGAUUCAAUGUUACAAAAAAUAUCAUCUUAUGAACAAGAAUUAAUGUAGAAGAAAACAUUUGGAAUUAUAACGGAAAAUCUUAUAAAUAGCACAGAAGCUUUGGAAAAAUGGAUUUUAUUUAAAAUCAUCAUUGAAUAAUCAAUCUAAUCGAAAUACCAACAGAAACUAAAAUACUUUUUCCAACAACGGUGCAAUCGUUUUACACAAUAAACAUAAGAUCGUGAAAGGUUAUGUUUAUAAUCGAAAGACAAUGACAAGCGUUUGAAGUUUCAUAUAUUCUUAGAUUUGGAAAAUGGGCCGCAAAGUGGAUGGAAUUAUAGCAGUCACAUCGUCAUCAUCAGCUCGUACGUACACCCGACAAAGCUUGAGGCUUGAUAACAGAAUUAUAAAUCAAACUACAGAUAAAAAUUUGAUCACCAAUAGUGAUUUAGAUAUUAUUAAUAUGGAUGCUUUGAAUAAAAUCGAUGGAGGACAAUCGGAAGACUCUAGUUUAUAUAACAGUGAAAGUAACAGUCAGAGAGCAAACAAAAACACACGCGCAUCAUCGGUUGUGAAAAAUAAUCGCCGAUUAGUUUUGAAUAAGCAUAUUCGGGAUGGAAAUGAAAUACAGGCCAAUUUAUCGACAAUUUCCCAGCGACCACGUAGACAAGUUAAGCACAAAUUCAUUAAAAGUGCCAACGUGAUUGAUACAAACAGUAUGAACAGUAACGAUGUAAGUGAAGAAUCAACAUUAUUGCUGAGUAGUUUGUCGCCGAAUAAAAUGCGAUUAGUGCCUAUGAUACAUCGUUUACCAAUGAAUGCUUCAUCAAUUAAUCGGCAGGGCAUGACUGUUGUUAACAAUCCGAUAGAUUGUAAUGAAUUUCAUCCAGAUGUUUUAAGAGUUCAGAAAAUUGAAGCAAAGGCAACACAUAAUAAAUUAACUAAUACCGAUGAAGUCACUUGUAGUCACCAAAUACAGCCUUCCACAUGCUCAGAAAAAACGACUAUUUGUAAUGAUACAUUUUUGGCGGACGAAGAUGAAACUGUCAAAAACUCCACAAGAGAAAGCAAACUAUCUGAUGCAAUUUUCGAUGACGAAGACGAUAUAAUGAUUGUGGAAGAAAAAGAUGCUUUGGAUGUCCCAGACCCAUUUGAUUAUGUGGCGGAAGAGGUUGUCAUAGAAGAGACUUUUAUUAAUAGUGAAAACGAAUAUGAAGAGAGUAUAUGUAUCUCACCAAUAAGUAAUAGUAAAAAUCAAAAUUGGAAUGGUGAAUAUUACACAGAAAAUCAUGAUAAGUGUGAAUCUAGUGUUUUCAAGAAUGACAAUAAAGAAAUCGAACAAAAACGGACUAAAUCAACAAAUGAUGGGAGUGAUAAUCAAACUGAGCCUAUUUAUCUGUCUGAUUCGUUAAGCUGUUUCGAUUCCGAUUCUGAUGCACAAGACUCAGAAAUGCCACGUUCAAUAGAAAGGACAGAUGUUAUGAAUGGCCUUGAUUCAGAAUUAUUGAAGCAAACAGAUGAAGAUGAUGAUGAAGAACAUUUAAAUGAAUCGGCAGAUGAUGUUAUUAUUGUACCCGAAAAUGCCGAAGCCAUUGUAUUUAAACAACUUGGUUCAGAAAAUAUACAAUGUGCUGGUACAUAUUCAAACGAGACUUUUUUAGAAAGUGAUUCGCAACAAUCAAUUCAAGCAGAUAAAUAUAAAGACAGUGAAAAUAGCUUUAAACUAAAAUAUAGCACUUCAAAAUUUUAUGAAACUACCGAUGGCGAUGAUUCGAGCGGGGUUGAAAGUUGUUCUGUACGAUCAAGAAGAGAUAAUAUCGCACGUAAAAAUUAUUCAUGCCGUCGAACUUAUGCUAAACGAAAAGUGAAAAAUGAGUCAGAAAUACAGGAACAUAAAGAUAAUUCCAGUAAUGAGUCACAACAAAUCAUAGAUAUUGGCCAUUUGAAUAUUGAGCAAGGCUUGAGUAACAUUACAUUAACAAAUCAAAAGGCCAAAUCAAUUAUACCAGUUGCAGCUCUGGACAGCAGCACUAUGACUAAUGUAAUUGACGAAGAAAGUCAUUUUAGUUUGGUGAGAGCAAAUACCGUCCGAACUUAUGAGCGAAAAAAAAGUACAUUACCAAAUUCAACAACGGAUGUAAAUGAAUACUUACUGAAGGAUGGUGAAGCACGAGCCGAAAAUGAAUUGAUCGAUGUCAUGAAAUGUGAAUCCGAUUACAAACCAAAAAAACGAGGUCGACCUCGAAAGAAAACAAUUCAAAUUGAUAAUAUGUUUGCGAACGAAAUGUCAGUCGUUGGUAAAAGAGAAUUCAACGCAUCAACAUCAUGGAAUCACUCUCCUGAUAUGAACAAAAAACAUAAUAUUAUUGAAAUGCAAGAUUUAAAUGAAAUAACAAAUUUGAUUCAAAGCAUCCAAGCUGAAAAAGAAAUUGAAAGAGAACAAUUCACUGCAGACAAUAUAAAAGUUAUCGAUACUAUUAAUAUGAAAUCCGCAAAUAGUAACAGCCCAAAAUCUAUCACAGAUAAAAUAGAUAUCGAUUGUAUCGAAUCAACUGUAACGAUUGAGAGUAAACGUGUAUGCAAUGAAACCCCAUUUGAUACAGAUUUGGAUCACCAAAAAAUAGAACAACUCAAACAUAUUACAUACUCGCCAAAUGAUUCAACAAAUCAUCAAUUAGUUGAAACUGCAACAGUAGUAAAUAAAACAGCUUCUGAAGACUCAGUCGCAGCAAAACCAAUAGAUACAGAGAUUUUCGAGGUUGAAUCCAUAUCAAUAAAAAUUGAACAAAUUGCUAUCGAUGCAAAACCAACAGAAGAUAUUUUACAAGAACCAUUCAAAAAUAUAAAAGAAUUAUUUUCAUUAGAUACCAAAACCGAUGAAAUAAUAUUCGAAAUGAAGACAAAAGAAUCGAAAGUCAAAAUGGAUGAAAAUUCACUUCAGAAGGAUGAUGAGCAAAUAGUCGAUUUACCACAAGAAGCAAUAAGAGAAAUUGGAGACACAUCAAUUCGACGCUCAGGUCGAAUUAGAACUAUAAAUAAAUCGAAACAACGUUCACACGGCAUGGGAGUUGUUAAGGCCUUUAAAGGUGUUGUUAAAGAUAGAAAACGUACCCCAGUUAUUAUUGAUGAAGAUUCAAGCAAUGCAAGUUUGGACGUUUCAAAUGAUAAUAUUUUGGACAGAUAUGUAGCACAAUCUUGUUCUGCUGGAGAGCUGAAAAUUCGAAUAAAAACUGAGCAAGAAUUAGAAAAAGAGAGAAUUGAUCGUGAAAGCGGCUUAAAGUUAUUCAUUAAUAUUGCUGAUAAUGAAUAUCGUUCUGAGCGAACGAUUAGUAAAGAGGCCAAGAAGAUGACUUGCGAUUGCUUUCUUACCCAAACAGAAAUAGAGCGUAGUGAAAUGGGAUGCGGGGAUGAUUGCUUAAAUAGAAUGUUAUUGAUUGAGUGUGGUCCCAAAUGUAUUGUUGGUGAUCGAUGUACAAAUCGUCGUUUUCAAAAACAUGAAAAUUCCCCAUGUAAUAUUUUCAAGACCGAGAAGAAAGGAUAUGGUUUAAUUGCCACAUCUUACAUACCAGCUGGCGUAUUCAUUAUGGAAUAUGUUGGUGAAGUAUUAAACAGCAAGCAGUUUGAAAAACGUGCCAAUGAUUAUUCGAAACAAAUGAAUGCACAUUAUUACUUUAUGGCAUUGAGCAGUGAUUGUGUGAUUGAUGCAACUAAAAAGGGCAAUAUUUCAAGAUUUAUUAAUCACUCUUGCGAUCCAAAUGCUGAAACACAAAAAUGGACCGUUAAUGGAGAACUUAGAAUUGGAUUUUUUAGUAAGAAACCAAUUAUGGCUGACGAAGAAAUCACAUUUGAUUAUCAGUUCCAACGUUAUGGAAAAGAAGCACAAAAAUGCUUUUGCGAAUCAAUUAACUGUAGGGGUUGGAUAGGUGGUGAGCCAGAUUCGGAAGAUGAAGUUGAAUCGGAAGAUGAUGAAGAAAGUGAUGAGGAUAUCACUGCUGAAACAAUAGAUAAGGAUGAAAGUCAAUUGAAAGUGGCCAUUGUUCCAGAUGAAACAACCAAAAAGAAAGUGAAGAUUAUAAAACCAAAAAAAUCCAAAGAUGCCGCCAAAAAACCAGCUAAAAAAGAGUGUGUUAGGAAAAAUCGCAAGGUUCCCAGCGAUUUUAAUAUGCAUAUAAAACGUGGAGAAAUUAUGGUUGAUCCCGACCUGGAUAAAGAAAUCGAUGUUUUAACCAAGAGUGGUUUAAAAAAUCAAGUACAAACGCUUCAGUUCAGCAGAUUAAUGGUUCGCGCAAAGCUACAAAAGGCCAAAUUACAAUUAUUGUUACUAUUACGUGAAGGGGAAUUGCCAUGCCGUCGACUUUUUCUGGAUUAUCAUGGUUUAAAGUUGAUGCACUCAUGGAUGUCAGACGUGAAUAGUUCUGAUCGGCUACUGAGCCUUAAAUUCCGUUUUGAAAUACUUCAAACACUAGAAAAAUUGCCCAUCACUAACAAAACAAUGCUUCAAGAUAGUAAAGUACUGUUAACGGUUCAACGAUGGUCAACCUUUAAUGAAUAUGUUUUUUUGAAAAAUAAGCCACAAGCCGAAGACAAUAUUGCAACAAAUGAAGAAUAUUCACCUUCAGAUAGUGGUUCUGGAACUCCAACAUUAAAUGAAGAUACUUCAAGUCCAAAAGAUGAACCACCUGCAAACACAUCAGUUAAAUUUGAAUCAUUAACAGUAGCUAUACCUCACAUUCUUGAACAAAACUCAACAAUCAAAUGCAUGGGUGUAGAUUUAUUAAAAAGCAUUAUUAGUACAACGGAAAAAAAUUCAAAAAUUGUUGAAGAUUCGGAAAAGUUACCGGAUGGUGAAUUGGGCAAGCUUGUACGAGACAUUUGUUUGUUGGCGUCAAAAUUGGUUGGUACCUGGGAACAAUUGCCUGAAUCAUUUAAAAUUCCAAAAAAAUUACGUAUUGAACAAAUGAAAGAACACGAACGCGAGGCUGAUGAAAGCUACAAAGAAAAUGUAGAAGAGAAUACAACACAAAAACCUAAUUCGACCUUCAGUAGUAGUAGUGGGCGUUUCAGCGAACGAAUUGCCAAAACAACAGAAACAACUGACUUACGCGAAAAAGAUCCUCGAUUUCGUCGAUCAUAUAACACUCUCUCGAAACAUCAACGACGACAAAUGUUUGAAGCAAAAGUUGCCCAAGAAGAUGCUGAACGGAAAAGAACAAUGGAGCACAUAAUUCACGAAGCUAGAUGUGCAUUUUUUCAACUGGAUCCCCGGACAACGAGAGAUAUCAUGGUACCAGUGUCUGUAAACCCGACAAGCGGUCAGUGGUACGGUGACAAAAUGAUCAAAAUUCCAACACCACCAAGCCAUAGUCACAUAAAACCUCCAUCCAUACCUCUUCCAACUGACAUCAAUGAAUACAUAAUUCCACCGCUUGAUUUACCUGAUUUAUGGAAAUAUGCGAUUAAUGAGAAAGGCCAAAUUUAUUAUUACCAUACUAAAAUAUUAUUACCACAAUGGGAACCGCCAAUUAAACUUUUACCGCUUAUGGAAGAACAUCGGUUUAAUGAUAUAGACAUUAAAGUGGAAAAUAUUGAAACCCCACCUCCGAUCAUGGAUGAUGAAAUGGAGCAUGAUUGCGAUGAUGAAGAUGACGAUGUUGCCUCAAUUUUAUCAAGUUCAACAAUGAAUGAUUGUUUGCUAGAAUUAAAAUCUGAUCCAAUUUUAGAGAAAUAUAACGAAGAUGAUUCUAGUUCAACAGACUCUGAUGACAGUCUAGUAAACGAGCUGGCAGAAUUGGAAGCAAAAUACAUAUAUAUCAAGGAAAAGACUGAUGAAUAUUGGAAAGUGAAUGUGAAACGACCCCAAAAUUUAAAUGAGGAAAUAGCAGCAAUGGCCAAGUCAGACUCAAUAAACAGUACAUCAUUGUCUGUUGAAAGUACUCGACAAGGUACUCGCGCCAAAGACGAGGAAAACCAGAUUAAUUUGAUAGCAAAACCUAACACGAGUCAAUCAGAACGUCGGAAGAAAAAAUGUCGCAGCCUUCUAGUUCAAGAAAUUAGAAUUAGUCCUCUAUCAGAAGAAAUGAAACGCGAACUUCGACGAGACUCGCGUCGUUAUAAAGAAAACAAAGCAAAAUUGCGUCGGCAAAAGGAAAUGUUUUUGAAACGUAAAAGUGAACUGAAAGUCUCAAAUGCGGAUACACCUAUUCGAAAACUGAAAAGGAUUACAGAAGGUUUGCCUCAAGUAUCAAAACAAAAUGUGGAAGAUGAAAAUUAUGGUGCCAUAGAUAACCAUUCAUUUUCUGUCGCAUCGUUUCCAUCAACUCGCUAUAGUGGCGAUUCGUUUGAAACAAAACGUACAAAAGCAUUUGCGUCACUUUCACUUGGAGGCUCAUCGCUAUCGUCGGGUACAUCUCUUAACACAACAGACACAUCAUCAAAAAUCCUUCAAACGACACGCAACAAUCUUCCAUCAACUUCAUUGACGCAAAGUAUCGUAAAUAAAUUGCCCAGUAUAGGACAUAAAUUUGUUGGUGACACUGAGGAGUUAAUCAUGAAGAAUACAAUCAAACCCGUUGAAACAAUGAAUCCUUUGGUUAAUACCACUGUCAUAAAUCCUGUUAGAAACAACACAACCACUUAUCAAACGCAACAACAGCAGCCAGUAGUUAAAAAAUCAUCUCACUCUAUCGCUACCACUUCGAAAUCAUCUCCAAAAUCAUUUGUUAAAAAGAAGAAAACAUCAGAUCCAAAUGAAUGCAUUGAUGCGAAUAGUCCAGCAGCAAAGAAAAUUAAAGAGAAAUUCAAAUCAGAUAUUUCGGGUGAUAUAUGUGUCGCAAAGAAACGUAAACUUUAACGAAAUAUCCCAUACUAGUGGCGCCAUCUAUUGAGGGGAAAAGUCUACAA